AUGAAUCUGUCGCCACCCAACCAAAGCCCUCUUAAGCUUAAUGAAGACAAAGCCGACGUAAUGCUCCCCUGCUUCCACACAGGUAUGUAUGAGGAGCCCCUCUCCUCCUACCACAAUGGAUCACUCAUCUCUCACCUUCUGCGAAAAACCAUCUACAGCAAGUGGCCCCCUCUCAACAACAGCCACCUCUACUUGGGGCCCAUGUCUGUAUUGGGAGCUGGUACAGUGAAUUCAGGGUCCUCCAUGGCUGAGUCUGCUCUGGAGGACCGGAGUAACAUGUCUUCCAAGGAUAGCCUGGGUGAGUCAGUGUCCCCUGGGGGUCCUCACUCUGGUGGGGUGAGCACUGAACCUGAUCACCCACUGAGCAAGCACCACCAGGCCAAGAGAGCCAGAGUGGAGAAUAUCAUACGAGGCAUGGCUGGCUCACCCAGCGACAGGCCUCAUGGAGAAGCAGAGAGUGUUGAGGGGGACGUCAGCAGGUAUGGCAGAGAGUCAUAUAAAGAGAACAAACGCAAACAGAAGCUCCCUCAACACCAGGAACACAGUCACUCUAUGGCUAUGAGCCCAAAUAGCAGCACUAAUCUAAGCAAAGAUGAAGAGUGUCAGAAGCUGAGAGAGCAGCUGCAGAGUAUGCAACGCCUCUUACACCAACUGCAGGAGAAAUUCCUACAAAUGUAUGACCACAGUGAGACAGAGAAUGGAGAGACGGAGGAAGAAGAUGUUCAGCAAGACAUCCAUGAACCAUGGCUUGACUGGAGCACGAAACCUAUCAGCCAGAUGCACAACUACACUGGCCGGGUGAAAGAGGACAGCAGGUAUCUGAGCUCAGAGACAGGCCAAAAGGAGCUUCAGGAGAUGUUGAAGUGCGAGCUGUCCCAGGCUGUGGGCAAAAGUGUUGAUAUGGUGUUCAGGAAGCUCUCCGCAGGCCUGCAGAAGCAGUUACCACAGUCACGGUUCUGCCUGAGUCCAGGGUACAGUUCAGGUAUAGAGAACCAGGCCCAGCAAGCCUGUGCUCCAGAGCUGCACGACUCGGAGGACGUCCAAAAGCUCAGACCUUUAGAGCACUACGAGAGCACACCAGCGCAUAGCCCAGAGCAUCAGACAGAAGCUUUGUCCCUGGUUGUCCAGAAGCCUGCUCUCAACCAGCUGGGUUCAGUAAGCCAGCCGGUGAAGAGGCCCUACCCUCUGCACCAGUCACCUUUCCAGUUCAGCUACAGUGCUCCUCUCCAUGAUAGCCAGAUCCUGGAACAUCUCCUCAAGUAUGGACCUCACGGUAAUUUCGGCAUGAUCCCUUGCCUCCCAGCAUCCUUGGACAGAACAUCCCCAGACUCCAUGGACAUUUCCUGGGAAAGUAUGGCUAUGAGGCCCAAGGUGAGCUCCAGCCACCUUGGCCAGCACCAUCGUGCCGGGGCAAUGAGGCAAGUCACGGUCGAUGGCCUACACCUCCCUCACAUCAAAAUGGAGUGUGGGGACCUGCAGAGCAUGGCAGAGAGGAACACCUUCAUGUCACUUAGUAUUCAAGAGGGUCUAACCCCCAACCAUUUGAAGAAGGCCAAGCUGAUGUUCUUCUACACACGCUACCCAAGUUCAAAUGUACUGAAAACCUUCUUCCCAGAUGUCAAGUUUAAUCGCUGCAUAACCUCCCAGCUUAUCAAGUGGUUCAGUAACUUCAGAGAGUUCUACUACAUUCAGAUAGAGAAGUUUGCCCGACAGGCCAUCGUGGAUGGAGUGAGUGAUGUAAAAGAGAUGUCUGUUACCAGAGACUCUGAGCUAUUCCGUGCUCUCAACAUGCACUACAACAAAGCCAAUGACUUCCAGGUUCCUGACAGGUUCCUGGAAGUUGCUGAAAUCACACUCCAUGAGUUUUAUAGUGCUAUCUCUCUCAACAAAGACUCGGACCCCUCCUGGAAGAAAGCCAUUUACAAAGUCAUCUGUAAACUGGACAGUGAUGUUCCUGAUGAUUUCAAGUCAUCCUCUUACCUGUAA